UUCCAUUUUUGUUUUGUUUUUUAACCUCCCCCCAAUUACUCUCUUUCUUAAAUCGCACUCAAAAUAUGAAAUGCUUCCGUCACUUUCACUUUCAGCUAAAAGGGACAUGAAUGUAUGGCGUGAAAGGUGAAACCCAAAAUGCCUUUGCUGUUCAAAAUCUGUCAUUAAAGAACCCAAUUUCUGGGGUGGGUUCAUAGGCUUGAUUUUACUGCUUUCUUCUCGUUUCUCUUCUAAUCCGGCCUUUGAAGCGAAUCAAAUGGGGCUCUUUUGAAUAUCAAAAGGACGGAAUUAAGAUCAGAUGGAAGAGCAAUGUGAUUUUCGACAAUGGGAUGAACUGAUCCCUGAUGCAUUGGGGCUAAUUUUCAGCAACCUGUCCUUACAAGAGAUACUAACAGUCAUUCCCUGUGUCUGCAAAUUCUGGAGAACGGUAGUGAUGGGUCCCUAUUGUUGGCAAGAGAUAGACAUUGAAGAAUGGAGCAAUGGAUGCCAACCGGACCAUCUUGAUAUGAUGCUUCGAAUGCUCAUCACUAGAAGCAGUGGAUCUCUUCGCAAGUUAUGUGUUUCCGGCCUUCAGAAUGAUACGAUUUUCUCUUUCAUUACAGAGAAUGCUGGUUCCCUUCGGUCUUUGCGACUGUCGAGAAGUGAAAUGAGUGAUUCAGUUGUUGCACAAACUGCUGGAAGGCUUUCCUCAAUCACUUGUUUGGAUUUGAGUUACUGUGGUAAAAUUGGUGCUCAUGCUUUAGAGGCCAUUGGAAAGCACUGUAAGUUGCUAGUUAGUUUGUGCCGCAACAUGCACCCGCUAGAUGCAGCAGGCAAACUCUCACAGGAUGACGAGGCGAAUGCCAUAGCUGCUACGAUGCCUAGGCUCAAGCGCCUCGAGAUGGCUUAUCAUCUUAUCAGCACCGCAAGUGUUCUGAAAGUCCUAUCCGGCUGUCCCCAGCUUGAGUUUUUGGAUUUAAGAGGUUGCUGGGAUGUGAAACUCGAUGAUCAAUUUGUGAAGGAAAAGUUCCCAAAAUUGAAGGUUCUGGGACCUCUGGUCAUGGACUGCUAUGAGAUGGGUGAAUGGGAUGAUUGCUCGGACUUCUCAGACAGUUUCGAGUAUUUGGCCUGGGAGUUUGAAAUGGGCAACUAUGACGAGGAUGACGAUGAUGACAUUUAUGAUGAAAUGUGGCAUGGUGAAGGAAGACUGGAGGAACUUGAACUGAGAUUCUAUGAAGGAAUCGGUGGUGAUGCCGGAAUGUUAGGUUGGCCACCAUCUCCUUAGGU